GGUGGUGUUGUAGUCUACGUUACCACAUUUCGGUCUUUAGUCGUUCGUGUGUCGCUCGUCGACUCGUGUUUUCUAAAAAAAUCCGAUAAAUAAAAACUGUCGCGUCUUAAUUUCUUCGUGGUGGCUCUUUCAGUUGUUCGCGUGGUGCGUUUGUUCUUCGAACUUGCGGUCGUCAUUGUAUCGCCGUUAGCGAGUAUCCUAGUGCAGACUGUUUGUUUUGGGGGAGUGUCUGGUAGUGGCGGUGGUGGUGUGAAGGUAGUGACAAUGUCUGACUGAUUUGCGUUGCAGAUGUGGGUUGUCUGUCCAGAGGCAGCAGAACUGUGGUGAAGAAGGACAGUGGUGUUUGCUAGAAGUCUGACGGUGAGGAGCCCUGGCUGUGGGUCUGCAGUCAACACGCGAGGAGGCAGCUGUUGGCAUCAUGCAGCACUGCAUGGGUUCCCCGCAGCAGUUUUGUCUGCGCUGGAACAACUACCAAAGCAAUCUCACCAAUGUAUUUGAUCAACUUCUUCAGAGCGAGUCUUUCGUGGACGUGACCCUAGCUUGCGACGGUCACUCAGUCAAGGCGCACAAGAUGGUCCUGUCUGCCUGUAGUCCAUACUUCCAGUCUUUGUUUUUCGACAAUCCGUGCCAACAUCCUAUCGUUAUUCUUAAAGAUAUCAAAUGGCCUGAGUUGAAGGCUGUCGUGGAGUUCAUGUACAAGGGUGAAAUUAACGUGUCACAGGAGCAGAUAGGCCCGCUGCUGAAGGUGGCGGAAUCACUGAAGAUUCGUGGACUGGCCGAUGUUAACGGCGAGCCGGAACAAGGGCCCGGAUCUGCGAGUGACGGUAAGAAAAGCUGGGAUCCUCGGCAGGGUCCGAUACCCCAUGACUUGUCGGAGAAUGCCAUUUCUCCUCCUACGACGCCCCAGCAACAGCAGCAGCAACAACAGCAACAGCAACAGCAGCAGCAACAACAACAGCAACAACAACAAACCCAGCAGCAACAUGCCCAGCAACAACAGCCGCAGCAGCAGCUCCACCGGCAGAAGAAGAGGCGCCGUACGUCAGGGGAGCGAAGCAGUGUCAGUAGCCCCGAAGAAAGUUUGGGCGCAGAAGGACUAGAUUCAAGUGCUUUAGAACUGUCUCCCCAACAGCCUCCCAACGCCAUGGUGAACUCGCAGGGCCUACCACCGCCUCCACCACCGCAGAAUCACCCCCACGGGCCAACUCUGGUUCCAAUCCCAGGAGAUACAGGCCUCUCGUUGCCACCCCCACCGCAUCCUGACGACAUGGAAAUCAAGCCGGGCAUCGCCGAAAUGAUCCGCGAGGAGGAAAGGGCCAAACUGCUGGAAUCAUCGCAUGCCUGGCUCGGUGCCUCCACGUCCUCUCUUGCCGCAGACAGCUACCAGUACCAGCUUCAGUCAAUGUGGCAGAAAUGUUGGAACACAAACCAGAGCUUGGUGCACAAUCUACGGUUCCGUGAACGUGGACCACUUAAGUCUUGGCGACCUGAGACUAUGGCUGAAGCAAUCUUCUCUGUGCUGAAAGAGGGAUUAUCUUUGUCCCAGGCGGCUCGAAAGUAUGACAUCCCAUAUCCCACUUUUGUGUUGUAUGCCAAUCGUGUGCAUAACAUGUUGGGACCUUCAGCUGAUGGUGGUGCAGACCUGCGACCCAAGGGACGUGGUAGGCCACAGAGGAUCCUGUUGGGGUCAUGGCCAGAAGACCACAUCCGGGGGGUGAUCAGGGCUGUGGUGUUCCGUGACACACAGCACAUCAAGGAAGAGCCACACCUAGGCUAUCCUCGCCUGCAGGAAACUCUUUGUUGUCAGGAGCCUCUGGGAGUGCAGAACUACCCCAGUGGGUCAUGCAGUAAUGGACCAGAGCCAACAGUGUCACCAGGUGCAGCAGCUGCAGCGGCAGUGGCGGUGGUGGCACAGGGGUUGAGACAACAGAUGUGCAGUAUGGUGGCUGCUGCCCAGCACAAUGCCUCUCUCUCUGGUGAUGCUGGUGUAGGGCUAGUGAACAGCCUGGGUGGACUGGUAGGGCACUGCAACAGCUUGGGGCUCCCCAGCAAUGGCACCACGCAUGGUGGAAUGCCUGGGCUUGGCUUGGCCAGUCCACUGGGCUCCAGCCUUCGUGUUUCAAGUCCUGUGGGCUCAGAAUUGAGGGCAGGCAGUCCGGCAGAAUCAGCGGCUGCCAGUCCCAUACCAUCACCGCUGGGAGGCGGGAGCAGUGGAGCUACACCCACCCCAACAACACCAAGUGGUGCUUUGAGUAGCGUGGAAGUAGGAAUUGGCAUGAGUGGUAUGACCUACAAGCCUACAGCUACCUUCACCUCUCCUCGACCUGAAAAUCUCUUCCAAGAAGAUAUUGAAGACAUUGUGAAGAGCCCACAGUUGGGUUCCCCAGACAGCCUUGUUAAAGAGCCCAAGGAAAGCAUCACUGUAAAGGUGGAACCCAUCAUUGGCAGCCCACAUGAGUAGAGCAUGCAAGUAUUGAUUUAUAUUGUGAUAUACAAUAUAGAGUAGUUUUAGAAAUAUACAGAUGUUAGGAAAAAAUUAUAUCAUGAAAAAUGACCCAUUUUGCAGCCUGAUUUGGCAAGGUCCAAAAAAAGACUUGUUUAUGCUAGCAGAAUUAUAGAAAUAUAAAAAUGUAAUAAACUUCCAAAAAUAUAUAGAAGACUAAGACUUCCUAAGAACUUGAGUUGAAUAUAUAAAUUCUAGUGCCAUUAAUUUCAACAAAACAUGUGUAACUGAUUAUGGUAUGCAAGGUUAAUGUUUUAGUGUCAAUAAUGUACAUGUAGCACCCCCAUACUGUGCUGAAUAUAGAAGUUCUGUAGUGAUCCUUAGCCUGACCUCUCAGUUCAUUGAGCUCUAUCAGAAUUAGACUUUAUGUUACAGAAAAUAAGCAGCAUACUUAAUUUUGACUAGAAGUGCUUCUCAUCCAUGUUGUCAGCCAUAGUAAUCUUAUAAACACACCUAGGCUAGGGAUAGGUUGCUUGUCUUUAAAAAGGAAUGUGUGUGCUGCAUCAUUUCCAAUGAUUUCAGUACAAACACUCUGUUAAGAGAAUAUAAUGCAAUCAGUGUUUUGUUUCACAGAGCUCUGUAGUGAGAGACAUCAGCUGAUAGUUAAAUCUUAUGUCUCAGUUUCACAAGUAUCAUGUUGUAUACUUUGUACAGUAUUGUAGAGUUUGUAUCUGUAUGUUAAAUUAUUUGCAUAAUUUCACAUUAUUUUGACAGAUUUUUCUGGUGUUUGAAAUUGAAAUGUGAGGUAUAUAGAUAUAUGCACACAGUACAGGGAAAUCUUAAUAAUUUAAGAAGUGUGCUUACUGUUGGAGAUUGUUCAUUUCAAGAAUAAUAUUCUCACCAAGUGAGGGAAAGCAAGGUCAGAGCAGAAGUUACAGAAUGUAUAGAAUAUAUAUUUUGUGAAUAGAGUGUAUGAGAAAUGAUAUAAUGUGUGGUGUGUUUUCCAUGUUUCUUAGUAGUGGCAGGCCUUGCUGUUGGCCAGUUGAAAGUCUGGGUGUCCAGUAGCAAGUAUCAAUGUAUUGUGUUGUCUCCAUUUACUGUAUGCAUCAUAUAUAGAAUUGUUUCUGCCCUUCUGUAAAUGCCAGUAUAGUCUAGUCAAAACUAGCUUAAAGUGAAUCACAAAGUAUAUCAAUACUUAUUUUUGUGAUUUCAUUGUUUAGGAAUGAUGUACAAAAUUUAUAUGUAGUUAUUAAAAAUGCCUUCCUGCCUGCCAUUGGGGUAUGCCAAGAUUGAAUUGAAGACAUUGUUGACACACACACAAACAUAAGAAGAAGUGAUAAAAAGUAAAUUAUAAUGAAGUGGCCUUGAAAUUCGUUUUGCUUAUUAAAUCAGUUAAAAAUAAAAUAGCUAUUUAAAAAGUGGUACCGUGAAUUUGUAGACAACCCUAUUCUUGAUAAAUAAGUUUUUUGCAUAAGAAAUUUGUAUACUUAGUGGACGCAAGCAAUUUACCUAGCAUUCAUCAACUUGUGCCUAUUGUGAAUGUUUUCAUGAAUAGGUUGUACUGCAAAGUUCACGCAAAAAUGUAAGUAGAAAUGAAUGUCCAUUGUUGUUAGUAUUCUUGGCUUACAUGUGUUCAAAAAGUAGUAAAGUGCCUUCCAUUUUUCUGACCACUUGACAAUGUGAUCAAAUCAUGUCAACACAUUUUAAUU